GUACUUUUUUUUUUUUUUGAACCGUCGGAAUUUUUGGCAAUGUGGGGUUGGGAUUCAAAGCAAUUCUACUUUUAAUUUUGACAAAGUAAAGUAGGCUGGGUCAAAGCAACUAGAAUACCAAAGAAAACCUGAGUUCUCAACACUAUCAUUGACUGUUUUUUUUUUUUUUAUUGUAAAAACAUGAUUAAUAAAUUAGUAUUUAUUCCACUGCCGGUCGAGGAGUCGAUUUGAGGAUCAUGGGCCGUGCUUCACCUUGCUUCACCUUGCUUCUUACACGGAGAAGCAUGGUCACUUGGGCCACAUGGGGGAGUGCACUAUCAUUGACUGUACUAAUUGUACGUUUGCCGAUGCGGGUGCAGAAGUGUCAACAUGCCUGCUGCACCUCUUUCAGAUGUUCCACCAACCCUAGCAAAUGAUGCUUCAGGAGAGGACCUCUGGCAGCUACUCCCCAGCUUCAGCCGUCUUGCCUGCUAGCUAGCUGAUUCAAGUGCAUGCACACCAUCACAGUAUAUGUACAAGUUAGAUUAAGCUCCAUCAUGGAAGCUCAAGCCCUCCCAAGGAAAACGCAAGGAGAAUUAAUGUUAUAUAAGACCAUUUGGCACAGCCUCUAGGCCUUGCAGGGUAUCUCUUUUUUCUUUUUUUCUUUUUCUUUUUCCUUUUUUCCCCCUUUUGGUUCAGUAUUCCCGAUUAGUUUUAGAGGUUCAACAUAAAGAAAAAUUGUUUGUUCAAGAGUGAAGAAACUAAAAUGUAGGAAUAAUACUGGUUUCUACUGGAAGGUUGAUAUUUAUUCAGUAACACUUUUAUCUUCAAAG